CUACAAAAUCCUCCUUCAUUGGUAGAGACACUUUCUGCGGGGGACGGCAGGGACUGAGGACAGACAAGGAGCAGGUAAAGGAAAGGAAGAUACCAUGGCAACUGCUUCAGAUCAGAAUGUGGAGUUUGUGCGAACAGGUUACGGCAAGAACACAGUGAAGGUGCUGGUCAUCAGAAGACAGGGCAGCCACCACGACAUCAUCGAGCUGAAGGCGGACGUGGAGCUCACGCUCAAAUCACGCAAGGAUUAUCUGAACGGAGACAACUCAGACAUCAUCCCCACCGACACCAUCAAGAACACUGUGCACGCACUGGCCAAGCUCAAGGGGGUAAAGACCAUCGAGCAGUUUUCCCUGGACAUCUGCCAUCACUUCCUGACCUCGUUCAACCAUGUGUUGAGGGCCAAGGUUCACAUGGAGGAGGCUCCGUGGAGAAGGCUGGAGAAGAAUGGCGUACAGCAUGCUCAUGCGUUCAUCUACAGCCCAGAAGCCUGCCGCUUCUGUGAUGUUGAACAGAAUCUCAAUGGGACCCCCGUCGUUCACAGUGGUGUCAAGAACAUGACCGUGCUGAAAACGACCCAGUCUGGUUUUGAGGGUUUCCUCCGAGACCGCUUCACUACUUUGCAAGAGGCCAAGGACAGGUGUUUCUGCACCUCUGUCUAUGCUAGGUGGCGCUACAACUCUCAGGAUGUCGACUUUGAUGCUGCGUGGAAGUGUGUGAAGGAGACGAUCAUUGAGAAGUUUGCUGGGCCCUACGACCGUGGAAUGUACUCACCCUCUGUGCAGAAAACCCUUUAUGACACACAGGUUCUGGUCCUGGAAAGGCUUCCUGACGUGGAUGAAAUAGAGGUCGUCAUGCCCAACCAGCAUUACUUCACCAUAGACAUGACAAAAAUGGGCCUCAGCAACAAAGAUGAAGUUCUCCUUCCCCUGGAUAACCCUUCAGGCAACAUCACAGGGACGUUGCGCAGGAAACAGCAAGCCAAGCUGUGAAGAAAAUACUGCUGCUGUGAUCUGCACAUUAAACGAGCUUCUGAGAACAAGAAUAACCUUUCAAAGAUUUAUUGUCCAAAUCACGAAUACAACUGAGGAGUUCUCAGACACAAUAGAGCUUUUGGCCAUGUGAAUAUGUAACUACAAAAGA